AUGGCGGAACUCAGUGAGAUCCUUUCCCGGCCUUGGUUGGAACGCGCCUCAGCUUUUUGGCGCAGCGCCGGCAGCUUCUCAUGGCCGGUGCUCUUUGAUGCGGAAGGUCCUCCUGAUUUCCGGGCUUCCACAUGGAAGUUGGGCUAUUCGAUGGGCUCCAAGUUGUUCUGGGAAGACUUUGAAGAUCAACCACAAGCCGAGCAGCGAUACCGAGAACUUUGGUGGUCAAAGGUUUUAUUUGACCCUGAAGGCCACGUUUUGAAGUGCUGUAGUGCCGCCUUAGAUCAAAAAGGCGUUGGGGUGGCCAGACUGCUCCUGGCUGCGCGUCUCACCGAUCUCACCGACGCCUGUCCAGUGACGGCCAUGGAGAGCGGCGCGGUGCCCUUCAUCCCCGCCGAGCGCCUGCCGGGCGUUCCGCAGGCCUUGCAGCUGCUCUGGGAGAACGUGGUAACGCGUGCGGCAAUUCAAAAUUCAAUCGAGUGGUUCGUGGGCAAUUCCAUGUGCUACUUCGACGUGGACCGCUUUCCGGGCGUCAUGAACCACGUGGCCCUGACCAUUGACGACGUGCCCUGCCGUUUGGGGCCUCGCAACUCCAUGAUCAAGCAAGUGCAGAAACUCCUCAAGUCCUACCAGGCACAGGCCACCUUUAUGCUGAUGGGCAAAUUCAUCCCGGGCAACGAAGCCGAUCUAGUUUCUUUGCUGAAAGAUGGCCAUGAAUUUGGAAACCAUGGCUUGGUGGACAAGAGUUACUCCAAUGACUCUCGUGAGGAUUUUGAGGUGAGACAGUGCCAGGUCGCUGUCGACGAAUGCUCUCAGCGAAUUCGCGCGUUGCACAGUGCUGCAGGUUUAUCGCAGGAAGCUGUGAGAUGGUUUCGAGCCCCACACGGCAAACUCAGUGCUGUCAUGACGGAGGUCCUUCAGAGAAAAGGCUUGACCAACGUCAUGUGCGAUACCUAUGCAUGCUGUCCGGUCAUUCAAGACGCAGAUUUCAUCGGCAAUUUCCUCGGGAAACAGGCAGAGCAUGGCUCGAUCAUCCUCAUUCACAUGCCCGAACGCGGCUUCCGAGAAUGGUGUCUCCGUGGUCUCGAAGAGUUGCUAAAGCAACUCAAGAGUCGUGGCCUGCAGCCAGUGAGUGUAGGCAAGUUGGCCCAGUUGGCCGGCGACAAAAAGAUGUCACGUUGGGACGUUGGUGCGACUCGGCGCUUCGAGCCGUCCGAGGCGGCCACAGGUCUAAUGAAGACCAAACCAGCGUACUUCAACCCAGUCGACAUUGAGGCUGCAAGGCUGCUGAUCCGUCAACAAGUCCCCAGUGCCAGCGCAGGGGUGCAGGCGUCCAAGAAGGUGGCCGGCUGGCGCUCAGACUUGUUGGAGGUGGUGAGACAGGUGCCCAGCGACUUCACCCCGGCGGGCCGCGCGGCACCGGUCUUGGAGUCACUGCGGAAGCUGCAGCUGCUGGAGGUGCAGCAUGCCGAGCUUCUGCAGCAAAGAGAUCAGGAGUCGAAGGCGACUGCAACUGCCGAGGAGAUGCGCGAGUUGAUGUUGCUCUACGACUCUGAGCUCGAGGCCGCAGAGAGUCGGCUCAACGGCUUCAGUGAGAUGCUGGAGCAGGAACUGCUGAUUUUUCAGCGCGAGGAGUUGCGCGGCGAUCGCUUGGAGGAACUCGAUGCAGCGGCCAAUGGUCGCGACGCCGUAUUGGAGUUAAUGCCUGGUGUGGGGGGACAGGAGGCUGCCUUGUUCACCGGCGAGUUAAUGAAUAUGUAUGAACGCUUUGCAGAGCAGCGCGGCUGGCAGUUCGAGGUGGAGUCGCUGAUCGAAGUGCAACCGGAGGGUGCUGUGAACUUCGCCUCCGUGCGUAUUGCAGCCUCGAAUCAUGACGAGGAGAAUGCGCCUUUCGGGUGGUUGCGCCACGAAUCGGGCGUGCACCGCGUCCAGCGCGUCCCGGUGACGGAGCGCAAGGGCCGGAUGCAGACCAGCAGCGUGGCGGUGGUGCUGCUACCGGUGGCUGAGGAAGCUGACGUGACCUUGUCCCCGUCGGAGGUGCGGAUCGAAAUCAGCAAGAAGUCUUCGGGGCCAGGAGGACAAAGCGUGAACGCCGCGCACCAAGCGGUCCGUGCCACGCACCUCCCUACUGGCAUCUCCGUGCACUGCACGUCCUCGCAGUCGCAGUUUGAAAACAAGACUCGCGCGUUGGACAUGUUGCGCACGAAACUCUUGGACCAGCAGCUCUGCGCCCGUGCAGACUUCGAACGGAGCGAGCGCAAGGGCCAGCGGGGCACCAAGGAUCGCUCGGAGAAGAUUCGGACCUACAACUUCCAGCGAGACGAAGUGGUUGAGCUGAGCCAAGCGAAACAAGAGGCAUGGAAGAGCCGGACCAUCGACUGCCCAAAGAUCAAGGUGGUUCAGGUCACUCUGCAAGUGACUUGGUCAGCGUAUUUGGCCGGGCGUCUGGAAAGAUGGGGAUGA